AUGGGCACUUCUGAAAAGAAUGAAGAGCUCCCCAACUCUCCAAAUGUGCUAAAGCGCAAAAAAGAGGACUGCCAAGAAGAACUGCUUGAAGCUGAGAUAAAAAGGGUCGCUUUGGAUGACACCGAGGAAACCAAUGAUCCUGGCAAUGAAAUUAACAAAGACUACAUCCAUCUCAGGAUGCUCUGUCUGGUAAAACAGGCGUCGAUGAUUGUGGGCCCCGGAGGCGAAAAGAUAUCAAGAAUGAAGGAAGAAACUAAUACGAGAAUCAAUGUUUCUGAUAACAUAAGAGGGGUUCCCGAGCGAGUCAUCUUUAUCAGAGGCCGAUGCGAGGACGUGGCAAAGGUGUUCGGAAUGGUCGUACGGGCCAUAAAUGGGGAGACGGAUGGCGAAUCUAGCGAACAGUCUGCAACCUUAACCCUCAAUAUUCUCAUACCGCACCAUAUGAUGGGAUGUGUGAUAGGGCGACAAGGCUCCCGGCUGCGAGAGAUAGAAGAGCUGAGCGCUGCGAAGCUUAUGGCGGGCCCACAAACGUUGCCCAUGUCAAAUGAUCGAAUUUUGUGCGUAUCUGGAGUUGCAGACGCCAUCCACAUCGCAACAUAUUACGUCGGUCAAACAAUACUGAAUCACAAGGCCACGUUUGCGAGCAAAAAGUGCAUAUUUUAUCUUCCCAGUCUUCUACACUCUGUUCUAGUGAAUAGCUAUGGUGUGAGCCUUCAGCACCAACAGCAGCACCAAUACAGGCCGGGGGAGAAUGGAAAAAAGAGACUUCAUCGUUAUUCUGCAAGCCCCGACUUCGGGUACGCAUACCCAGGCGUUCCUAGCGCACCGCACAUGGCUGUUCACAACGUGCGCGUGGCUGACACGCUCGCCGCCGCGACUAUACCUCCCGCUCUAGCCCCUCAGCUAAGUCUUAUACAGCAAGAAGUUUACAUUGACGACAACUAUGUGGGUAAUGUGAUUGGAAAGGGCGGGAAGCAUAUUAAUUCGAUCAAAGAAACAACCGGGUGCUCAAUCCAGAUUGACGAUCAUGUCGAAGGCUGCAGCGAACGCAAGAUUUUGAUCAGAGGAACUCCAAUAGGAAGCCAAACUGCUAUACUUCUGAUCAAUAAUAAAAUUGAAAUGGACAGGAGAAACAAACAGAGUAUAGGAGAUAAACUAGAAAACCCGUUAAGCUCUUAG